AUAUCUCCUGCCCUUGUUACAGCUAUUGAGAACUCCAUGUUUUCCAUCAUUGUUUUAUCAGAAAAUUAUGCAUCUUCUAAAUGGUGUCUGGAGGAGCUUGCAAAGAUACUAGAGUGCAUGAAAACCAGGGACAGAGGGUUCUCCCAAUUUUCUAUAAUGUGGAUCCCUCAGAUGUGAGAAAUCAUAGGGGAAAAUUUGGAGCAGCCUUAGCUGAACAUGAGAAGAAUUUGACAGAGAAUAUGGAGAGGGUGCAGAUUUGGAAGGAUGCUCUCACUCAAGUUGCAAAUUUAUCUGGUUGGGAAUCAAGGAAUAAGAAUGAGCUUCUACUAAUCAAGGAAAUCGUUAAGCAUGUUUUCAAUAAAUUGAUAAAUAUAUGUAGUGGUGAUACUGAGAAACUGGUUGGAAUAGAUGCUCGCAUACAAGAAAUAAAAAUGCGAUUAUGUUUGGAAUCGGAUGAUGUUGGUAUGAUAGGAAUUUGGGGCAUGGCGGAAUAGGGAAAACAACCCUUGCUAGAGCUCUUUACAACGAAAU